AUGGCAGCCUUCACGAAAGCCAUACAAAUUUCUAAAAGUGUAAAUAAUGUAACGAAGUUAUUAACAAAUUUGUCUUUGACAUCAAAUAUACAUUCAAUCGCCACACCGAUACAUACUCAAAGGAUACCAAGCUUUCAAUGUGUUCUCAUACAUACUACGUCUAAACAAAAUGAUUUGAUGGAAUUCUUUGAUGAUAAGAAAAAUUGGGGACAGAAAGAAGUUAAAGUAGGACGUUCUUGGAGAACAGAUGAAUUAAGACAAAAAAGCAAUGAAGAUCUUCACAAGUUAUGGUUUGUCUUAUUGAAAGAACGAAAUAUGCUUCUAACAAUGGAAGAAGCCUACAAGCAAAAGAUGGAGUAUUUCCCCAAUCCUGAAAGGAUUGAUAAAGUUGAAGACAGUAUGUCUAAUUUAGAAUCAGUUGUUCGUGAAAGAAAUAGAGCAUAUCAUUUGCUUGAAACUGGAAGGUCUGGUGAACGACCUGCAAAAUUAACAUGGACUAUCCUUGGUAUGCGCUUCUUUUAUCGAAUGAGACAACAUGUGAUACCAAAAUUUAUGAAUACAUCAUGGAAAAAGACACAUAUGUUCGGUUACAAUGGUUAUGCAGUACGUAAAUUCCAACGACUUUACAAGGAGAAACUUUGGAAGGCGAAAUGUUACACAUACAAUGUGCAGAACAAUGAAGUGGCACGUAUGAUGCGAACAUUCCCCAAUCUGGAUCUUGAGGCUGUAAAAGAAAAAUAUCCAUUGGCAGACAUAGAGAAAGUAAAAUCCUGGAAACGGGCAAUUGGCCAUUUUACACGCAAAUAAGUGCAUUUUCCUUGGGCAUUGUAAUUCCAUUCAUCUUU